GGCAGCUAUGGAAAUAUGGCUCUUUUCUAUCACGGACUUAAUCAGACAGAGCUUGCACUACGACACAUGUCCAGGGCAUUGCUCCUGCUAAGUUUGUCAUCUGGCCCAGAUCACCCUGAUGUCGCUGCAACCUUCAUUAAUGUCGCUAUGAUGUACCAGGAUCUUGGGAAGAUGGACACUGCCCUUCGAUAUUUGCAAGAGGCUUUGAAAAAGAAUGAGAGACUUCUAGGGGAAGAACAUAUCCAGACUGCUGUAUGCUAUCAUGCACUUGCUAUUGCAUUUAAUUGUAUGGGUGCCUUCAAACUCUCUCACCAGCAUGAGAAGAAAACGUACGAUAUACUUGUGAAACAAUUGGGCGAGGAGGAUUCAAGAACACGUGACUCUCAAAACUGGAUGAAGACAUUUAAGAUGCGUGAGCUACAGAUGAAUGCACAAAAGCAAAAAGGUCAAGCUUUGAAUGCUGCUUCAGCUCAAAAGGCAAUCGACAUCUUGAAGGCCCAUCCUGACUUGAUGCAGGCAUUCCAAUCUGCUGCCAUAGCCGGUGGGUCUGGGAGUUCUAACCCUUCCGUCAACAAAUCUCUUAAUGCCGCAAUAAUUGGUGAAACUCUUCCACGCGGUAGGGGAGUUGAUGAGAGGGCUGCUCGUGCAGCAGCUGAAGUUAGGAAGAAGGCAGCAGCAAGGGGCCUCUUAAUACGUCCACAUGGUGUUCCAGUCCAAGCUUUGCCUCCACUUACUCAGCUUCUCAAUAUCAUCAAUUCAGGUGCUACCCCAGAUGCAGUAGAAAAUGGAGAAACGGAUGGAGUAAAGGAAGCCAACGGUCAUCCUGUAAAUGGUCCCGCGGAUGCCAAAAAAGAUCAAUCAACAACUGACCAGGAAGGUCAGCCUCCAGUUGGAUUGGGCAAAGGCUUAGGAGCAUUGGAUGCCAAGAAACCGAAAUCAAAAACCAAAGUUGCAUCUUGAGAUUUAAGUAAGAUUUUAUUAGCUGACAAGGUGGGUUUCUUUGUGAGAUUUGGCUAUUUUGAGGGAAGAAUUUUUUCUAUUGGUUUAAGGAUGAGAACCGAGUCCACUGAACUUUUGGAAGGUAGAGAACUCUUGAGAUGUGUAUGAAAUCCGUGGAUGUUCUCUGUAAUUUUUUAGUAUAAUAAUCAGGCUUGCAGAUA